GGUGCAGAGGAGUGUAGAAAACAUGUCAUUUUCUUUGCAUUAUUUGCAGCAAGAGUAGUGAAAAGAAAAGGAAGGUGGAAACUGACACCAGUAUCUCAUCUGAAGUUCUGAGGACAUCAGAAGUGUAGAAGUGAAGAGAACCUUCAACGUAAAACAAUGGAAACCACAAACAAAGCUGAGUUUACGCUCGUGAUCCCCUGUGACCAAAUAGAGUCCCUUGGCCUGAGUGUCACAAUACCCUGUCACCUGUCCCCUGAAAUCAGUGCUGUUGCCAUGGAAAUCAGGUGGUUUAAGGGGACAAACUGUGUAUGUCUUUAUAAGAACAGGCAGGUGACAGAGGGGAGGGGCUACGAGGGCAGAGUGAGCCUGUUCAAGGAGGAGCUAGAAAAAGGAGAUGUGUCUUUACAGCUGAGACAGUGUGAAGAGCAGGAUACAGGAUGUUACCUGUGUCAGGUCACCAGUGGCUUUAAAACAGAAGAGCUAACAGUAGCAAUGCAGAUGCUCAGUGAUAAGUUCGGCUUGAUCCAUAAACUGGUGAAGGUGGAGGGAGCCUGGACUGAAGAGGAGAGAAUGAAAAUGGAAGAAUCUGUUCUACUGACUGAGUUCAAAGCAAGUAACAUGAUGGAGCUCUUCAAAAGAAUUAAUGAGGAAAGAAUUCAAGAGAAAGAAAAACUGCUACAGCAACUGAAGGAGGCCUGGAUGGACCGGGACAACGCUUUGAAAGAACAGAAAAAAACUGAAGCUCAGAUGCAACAUAUUGAAAAGACGCUAACAGAGAGAGAUCAACAGAUAUGUACUUUAGAGGCUGAAAUGGAGAGAUUCAAACAACUGGAAGAUCCACAGACUACUGAAAACAUUGACACAUUAGAUCUAGACACUUCAUGCCAGAAAAGAAGGAGUCAAGAUCAACCCCCAAACAUGGAAAUUGUAGCCAUUGUAGCCUCUCCAGUUCCUGCAUCAGAGCUCAGGCUGGUGCUGCUGGGGAGGACUGGAUGUGGGAAGAGAGCAGCAGGAAACACCAUCCUGGGCAGAGAGGAGAGCAGCCAGGCUGGAGCGUCUACAGUGGGGCAGCAGAGUGAGAGCAGACAGGGGGAGGUGGCUGGGAGGCAGGUGACUGUGGUGGACACUCCUGACUGGUUCUGUCCUGAACUCUCUCUGGAGGAGCUGAGACAGGACGUGGGACUCUGUGUCCGUCUGUCUGCCCCAGGACCCCACGCCUUCCUCCUAGUCAUACCAGUGAAGCAGUCUACAGGAGAGGAGAGAGGCAUGCUGGAGAAAAUGGAGGAGAUUUUUUGGGAGAGAUGUUGGAGGAACACCAUGAUCCUUUUCACUGUUACUGAUGAAGUCCAAGAGAAGAACAUUGAAGAGUUUAUCCAGUCAGGAAACCAGGAGGUCCAGAGACUUGUAGAGAAAUGUGGGAACAGGAUUCACUGUCUCAGCAUUAAGGAGAGUGGAGAUGGUCGUCAAAUCUCAGAGCUGCUGGAGAAGAUAGAGGAGAUGGUUGCAGGAAAUGAAGAGGCUUUUUACAGCAGUGAGAUCUACCAUGAGAUCAGGGAAAUGGAGAAAAGAAUUAUUAAAGAAAGAGAGGAGAAUAAAAAGAGAGAGAUAGAAAAAUUUAAGGAGAAACAAGAGCAGGAAAUCCAUGAUGCUUUGAAGAGCAUAACAGAACAAAUCCAGGAGCUUGAGGAGAGACUCCAGCAACAUGAGCAGCGAAUAACUGAACUUGAGAGUUUACUAAAAGAGGAGAGAAGUGACGAGAUAAAAAGAGAGCUGGGGAUGAAGCUGCAGAGAGAGAUUCAGCAGAAAGAGGAGAUUCAACAGCAGCUGAGAGAACUGAAGGAAAAGUGGGACAAAAUGAAAAGUGAGAUGGAGGAGAGACACAGACAGGAGAUGGCAGAUGUCAUUGAGAUGUAUGAAGGUAAAGCCAGGAUUGAGGCAGAGAGGAACCUCAUGAAUAUCAUCCUGCCUGAACUCCACCGUACAGUCUGGGUUCUCAUCUCAAAGAUGCAGAAACAAUUCCUGGUGAAGAUGGAGCAAAAGGACAGAGAGCUGUUGACCCUCAAACAAAGACUGUCUGAGCUCACAGAGACUUACAGACAACUGGAAGUAGAUUAUGAGGCUUUGAGGAGCAGAGAAAGCACCGACGCAGGAAGAGAAGAAGAGAGAGAGGGUGGAGCAGCAGUUGGAGGAGAUGGAGGAGUAGAGGAAACUCAAGAUGAAGUGGGAAGAUUGUCCGAAGCAGAACAAGACGAUGGUGAUGAGAAACGAAGUGAAGGACAGAGGAAAGGGGACAAAGACAGGGGUGAGGCUGAGAAGACAGAAGCAGGUGUAGAAGGGGAGAACAGACCAGAUGGCCAGGAGGAAUCCAGAGGGUGGAUACGUCGAAUCUUCCGCUGUUGUUUUUCUCGACUGUAUGAACCUGUAGAGAUGCAGUAAACAUAAAACGAACUAAAGGGUAACACUUUACAUUAAGGGUACACAACCUGCCAAUAAUAAGGCAUUUACUAAUGGACAAUUAAUCAGAAAAGGAUGAGUCAUUAAUCAGGAACAAAUGAAUGUGUCAUAUAUUAUGACACAUGAGCCUUCUAAGCUCAGUUGGUUUCACCCUAUCCAUGCAAUUUAUAUGAUGACCUAUGUUGCACUGGGUUACAACAUAAACAUAAACUCUUGUGUUUAAUUAGUUUAUUUACGGAAAAUAGGCAUUUAUUUGAAUUAAAACUGUGAAUUAUCUUAAUGUAUACCACCAUUAUUAUGAAAAAUAUAUACCACCUUUGGAAAAAUAAAGAGGGUUUUCCUGUUUACAGCUGUUAUUCUUUUAAAUAAUUAGUUUCAUCUAAAAUUUUUCAGUAAUGGAAAUAGCAUUAUGGAACAAAAUGCUCUUCAACUGUUUCCACAGCUGGAAAUUAUGCCUAUUUUUCUUCACCAGAAGGUGCCAAUAAUUGUGGAAAUUGCUACAUGUGAAGCAAACAUAGAGUCUUGAGUGAAUAUCUCUAUCUUUCUUUAUUGUACAGUUGAGUUAUGCAUAUGUGUGCUGGAUUAGAUGUAAUGUUUCCAUGUGGUAUUGCUUAGGGGAAGCCCAGAUACAGAUAUUUGCUGUUUGUUUACUUAUGUUGUGAGCAUGGUUACAACAUAAAGUCACUGUAAAGCCUGUUUGGCUGUUCUUACAGCAUGCCCUUAUUAACUACAGCGUGUACCAGUGUCCUGUAACUGCAGUCCUGUGUAUGAAGCUAGUACUCAUUGUAGACGUCCAGACACAGGUAUCUGCUGUUUUAUUGGUUUUGUGCUCCACUGUGACAGUAUCAAGUUAGAGUAUAGCCUGUUUACCUGGUUUUAAAGCACGCAUUUCUUGAUUACAGUGGGUUGCAGUAUCCAGUAGUGGACGGCAGCCUGAGUAACGAGGGGGGAGUGGAGCCCUUGUUAAGGCAGACGUGUCAGAACCUUUUGUUUCUUUUAGAAGCAAGAUUUAUUAAAGUUGUUUUUUUAUUGACUUAAGAAUUGAGUGAGUUGAGUGCCAACCUUUAUUUUUGGGCCAGUGUUAUAUCUCUUUGUUCAGUAGUAAUUCUGACCCUGGGAGGCCUGGUAGGAAGUGGAAAGCGGUAGUUUACUGUUACCAUAUUAAGUAAACUUAGCUGAGGAACAAGCUUUGAUGGUUCUUUUUUGAAGUGUAGUGUUUUUUUAUGUACUGAUUUAUUUAGUUGAUUUAUAUCUUGAUUCGGAGUGUUUUGAUUUGAGCCCUUAAUCCUUGUAAAUCGUUUAUUUUAUUCUAUGGUUGUACUGCUGAUUUUCCAUAUUUUCCAGUUAUAUUGAGAUUGAUCCUUAAAGGUACCAUGCUGUAACAGUCAAUUCUGGUUUUGGCCUGCUUCUCCUGUGUGUUGUAAAUCUUAUGAGUUUUGACAUUUUUUUAAUAAAUAAUAUUGUGUGAAA